CUAAUGAUUCAGAUGAAGAAAUCGAAGAACAAAGAGAUUUAGUUCGAAAACGCAAAUUUGAAAUCAAAAAUUAUAAAAGUAAAGAAGGGUUUAACGAAAGUUCUGAUAACAGUUCUAAUAAAAUUAAUGAAUCAAUAUUAAUAACUUUGGAAAAUAGCCAACAGGCUAAUAAUUCAAUUGACGAGCGCAUUAAAGUAUAUGAUGUAUUAGACGAUAAUGAAAUAAUGUUCGAUACCUCCUCAUCAUUAAAUAAUGAUAAUUCAGCUAAUAUAAUUCAACAAAACAAUGAAGGAGAACAAAAUGAUAUUAAUGGCUCUAAUGUAAUUGAAAAAGACCAAGCAAACAAAACUCAAAGGUUGGGUUCUAGUUUUUAG